GAAAUCGGCCAUGCCGAGAAGGUCGUUCAGAGAGGAAGUUGGCUGCGGCCGUGGCCCGGAAGUCCGCCUGGGGCCGCAGCGAGAGGCGGCCGAGCACAUGGAGGGGCGGCGGCGGCGGCGGGGGGAAGGCGCCGGGGACGCGCGGCCCUCGGCUUCCUUCCCUUCCCCGCGAGUCAGCCGCACUGGCGACAGCAGCGCCGCCAGCAAGAGGUCCGCCGCCGCCCUGGGCUACACCUCGGACCGCUUCGUGCUGCAGCUGCUGCCCCGGGGCGGCCCGCGCCGCGCCCCCGCCAUCCACCGAGGCUACCACGUCCGGGCGCGAGCGGUGGAGCGGAGCGUGCGGGACUUCCUGCUGGGCACUCGGGGCCACUCGCGCAGCCAGGUGAUGUCGCUGGGCGCCGGCUGGGACUCGCUCUACUUCUGCCUGAAGGCGGCGGGGCUGCUGGCGGGAAGCGGCGGGCGGUUCUUCGAGGUGGACCUCCCGGAGGUGGCCUCCCGCAAAGCGGCCCUGAUCUCCGGCUCGGCGGAGCUGCGCGCCUUAGCGGGAGGCGGCGUCCCCGCGGCUCUCGGGAGCGUCAGGUUUUCCGGGGAAGAUUACCGGCUCCUGGGCGUGGAUCUCUCGGAACUGGCCCUGCUGGAGGGGGCCCUGCGUGACGCCGGCCUGGACCCCGCGUCGCCCACCCUGAUCCUUGCGGAGGUGGUCCUGCCCUACAUGGAGGUCGAGAGGUCAAAUGCUCUGAUUCAGUGGGCAGCCGGGCACUUUCUGAGCGCCUGGUUCAUUCUGUACGAGCAGAUUCAUCCCAGCGACCCGUUCGGCCAUAUCAUGCAAAAUCACUUCAGCCGCCUACAGUCUCCGCUCCGCUCCCUAACCACCUACCCAGACUGCAAGGCCCAACAGAUGCGCUUUCUCCAGAGGGGCUGGACGGAAUGCCACAUCAUGGACAUGAACGAGUUCUAUGGGCACUUUGUUCCAAGAGAAGAGCAGAAGAGGAUUCAAGCUCUGGAGCCCUUUGACGAAUUCGAGGAAUGGCACCUGAAGUGCUCCCAUUAUUUCAUCCUGGUCGCAUACAAGGGAGAGGCCGCCUUUGCACCUCCUGCAUUUUCCAGGACGGAAGGCCCCCCGGCUCACUGUGCCCCUUGCUUUGCUGGGACCGUGGCUGCGUCCCUCUGCGUAGCAGGUGGGGCAGUGGCUGGCCUGAAGCGCUACGGCCAUUGUUCGGUGCUUCUCGCCCCGGAUGUGAUUCUAACCGCUGGAGGUUUUGGGGACCACGGUGGGCGCCACUGCCGCCUGACUGAGCUGCAUAUGCUGGUCAAGCACGAGGAUGGUUGGAGAAGCGACAAGGUCAGGCUGGCCAAGCUAGGAACGGCCUGGGACGGGCGGCUUUUCCACACCAUGAACGUCCUGUGUUCGGGCUGGGCUGUCGUGCUCGGUGGCCGCAAGUCUCCAGUCAGCCCUGCUCUGCCACCCCUUCGCUUAAAGGUGCUGGCAGAUGCCGAUCCUUUGAGCCCCAGCAGUCCCAUCAUUGAGCUUGCUCUGCUGCCGCCUGUGGAGGGCCUCUCUGUGCCCCGCUGGAGACACACUGCCACCGAAGUCACCCAUGAAGGACAGGCUUACCUCUUUGUCUAUGGAGGCUGCAGUUCUGGGCAGUCAGUGCGAGCCGAUUGGUGUUUUCUGCUUUUGGAGGGGCUCCACUGCCAGCAGAUUCCAGUGGAGGGUCCCGUUCCAGCCGGCCGUCACUCGCACAGCGCCUGCAGCUGGGCAGGGGGGGUGCUCAUCGCUGGCGGCCUGGCAGCCUCUGAGGAGCCGCUGGGCAGCCUCCUGUUUCUGAAGCCAGCCGCAAGAGGCUUCCGGUGGCAUUCUCUCGAGACCUGCCCCCCGCUCACGCCCAGGUAUUCACACACAGCUCACGUGCACCGUGGGAAGCUUUUGCUCGUAGGUGGGGUCUGGCUGAGCCCUCCUUCGGUGCCAGGAGUUGCCGUGAUAGACCUGGCGACAAGGACCCUGGCGGAGUAUCGUGUUGACACAACGUUUCUGGAGUGGCCCCUGAUGUUACACAACCACAGCAGUGUCUUCGUGCCUGACAGGGAGGAGAUGAUUCUUAUUGGGGGGGGCGGAAACUGCUUCUCUUUUGGGACUCAUCUGAACUGGUCGCCUGUCCGCCUGGAUCUGAGCAGCAUCUGGACGGCUGGGCCUUGACAUCUUGUGGGUCAAGAGGACAGGAGAUGGGCCGAAGAAGCACUGGGUGAUACAGUGGACUGGACUCCUCGCGUUCAAGAACGUCCUCCGGCCCGGCCCGUUGGACACAGUGGCAGCUGCGCUCCUGCUCCAUGGGGAUAAUUCCAUGGGUGACCCCUGGCUGCUGGUGCAAGGGGUCCAGGCACAGGAGGUCACCCACCCUAAAAUGACCGGCCCUGCCUCCUGUGCUAGCCUCUGGACAGGGGCCACUGUCAGUAAGAGGGUCCGGUAGGUUUCUGGGGAAUGUUUACAGUUUCCUUCAUCUACCCUCUCAUCUGCUUCCCUGUGCCAACCUUCUUGUGCAGCAGCAUUUUCUACUGAUUUCAGCUGCCUGGAGGGAGCGACACUGACCAAAAGGGGUUUGUUCCCAGUGGAAAGCAAAGCCGUUUUCCUUCCAGGGGUGGACCUCUAUUGUAUAGGCCAUUCUGUGUUCAGUUCUGAGCCUCUGGGUUAUAUCCCAAAUAAUUGUAAUUAUUUCCUGCUAAGUAGGUAGCACUGUUCAUUUAAUAGCAGCAUAGAAAAUACAAGAUUUUGCUACAUUUGAAGGGAUCAGCUGCAGUGACAAAAAUCUAUUACUGAAGAACACAAACCAACACCAGCCAGUGGUGCUUAACACUCCACCUCCUGCUAUGUGGCUGCUGCUGCUGCUGCUGCUGCUGUUGGAAUCCAGGGAAGAAGCUCCUUGGCUUUCCUCCUAUUCUCCACCCAUCCUUAUUUUUGCAGUCGGCAACACCCACCGAGAGCCCAAAGGCACGGACAGCAUCCAUGUUGGGAGGAGUGGAGUUUCUCUUGAGUCUGUGUUAGUGUUCAAAAAAUGCCAUGGCCACUAGAUGGCGGUGUUUCUCACCCGAAGACCAAAGGCCUCCAGGGGAAAGCCGGAAGGGCUGCUGGAGGAUCCAAAGGGCUGGAUUUCUGCCUCCCAAUCGGGAGCAGCCAAUCGGAUCCCUUUUCUUGCUGAGUUGUGAUCUUAGCCACAGACUGCUACCUGGGUCAGCCACCAGUUAGCUCUCCAGGGGGCCCUGGCUGGGGUCUUGUAGCCCACUAUUCCCCAUCCGGCCAACCUCUUUCCAGCCUAGAAAGCUCUGCAGACUCCUGUAAAUCCUGAAGUUCCUGUUAACCACAGCUUGCUCAAUCACAGUUCAGCAUGUUGUGCAAACAGCCCUCACGGGGAGAAGAGCAGUCCUUCUCUGGAGGAUCUUGGCCUCACAGUCUUUGCCUUCCUUUGAAAAGGCGGCCAUCCCCUCCUCCCUGAAGUGUGCAAACUCUGUCCUAUUCCUGGGCAACACCCUUCCCACAGCUUCCUUAGCGCCCCCCCCCUUACUUCUCCACACAGGGGCUUGUGGCCCAAACGCCACCCUCCUCCCCAAGCCAGGUUGGAUUUGAACUCGGCCACACAGCCUGUUGCAAUAAGACUAGACUAGAAGCCAAGUUUCCUUUUGCUAGAAACCCGGCAGCGGCUUCUGCAGAUCUGUGGCCCCUGGAGCCCAUUGCUGAGAAAGCCUGCUGGGGCAAGGGGGAGGGGGAGUGUUUGGGCCAAAGGAAGCCAGUGCUUCCCGGCGGAAACGGCUCAGCUGCCUUUCUCUUCCUGUCUGGAAGGGAGGUGCUGGGUGGCAUCCUCUCCCUUUGUCCCGGGCAGCAGGGUAGGGUGGCCUGCUCAGACAGACAGGCCGGCCUCUGCGCCAGUCGGCUUUGCUCCCUCUCUGCUGGGCAAGGAGAUGAGGACCCCAGGGGGAUGAUCUCUGGGUUAGGAAUGAUCUGCAAGCAAGCAACCAGCCAAGCUCAGAGAGUGCCAAGGACUCCAUGGUCUUCUUCACACCACAUGCAUAACUCAGAAUAUUGUGUGAACCGUGCCAGUACAGGAGCAGAUUUUACCCAAAAUGUUAUCAGGACAAUUGUGGGUCGCCUUCAUAUAAACUGCAAAGCCUCAGUCAACUGCACGGCAGUGUCUCAGCCCCCCAUGCAGACACUUGCCCUGGGCCAUUCCAAAAAGAUGGCAGUGUAGCCCACCUCUUGCUGCCCUGCCGCCUCACUAGCCCUGUUCUUGUGGGAUGCUAGGCAGGGCUGGAGAAAAAGGCAGGGGCUGAUAUUCCGUACCCCACCCCAAUGAGCCCCCCACCCCCAAUCUGGCCAGGAGGGCUGAUGCACCUGCUUUUGAAAGCCUGAGACCUGGAGUAGCCCUGCUCUCAGAGAACCUUUGGGGGUGGCUGCUGUCUGGGAUCUUCUUUCCUCAUAUUCAGUAAUCCGAGGCUAUGCCAAGGUAACUGCCCAUGGAGCGAUUCCCAAGGAUGCCCUCCUAGCAGUCCGUAGAGCCCAGGCCCUCUUGGCUUGUGAAGGCAACCUGGGAAGGGACCAGGCGGUGCGUGCGUGCCAUGGUAUCAACCUCCUUGAGGGAAACCGUGCUGUGCGCGCUCCUGAACAGGCCGUCGCUGGGCCUCUUCCUCCUGGAUAACUAAGCCAGGUUCCAGCCUUUCCUUUUGGGGAAAAAGUGUGCAGAAAGUGGUUGAAUGGCAGUUGCAGAGGAUCUCGACCCGUUUCAGUCAGGCGUCAGACUGGAGAACAGUAUGGAGAUUAAAGUUGGCCAGACCUGUG